AUGGAGAAGAGGGGGUUCCUCAUCCUUCUGCUGGCAGGGUUUUGUGUGCCUGCGUACAACCAGAUCAGAAAACACGUGUUUGUGGAAACUGAGACGAGCUGGUCUGAAGCUCAGAGCUACUGUAGAGAGAAGCACACAGACCUGGCCACUGUGCGCAGCCAGGAAGAAGCAAAGCAGCUCUUAAAUAUUACAGGAGCUUCUCUCUGGGGUUCCUGGAUCGGGCUGUAUCGUGAUGACACACAGAACUGGCAGUGGUCUAACAGCGAUGAUGUCAUCUACUCCAACUGGAGGGCAGACCUCUUCUGUGCUUCAGUCAAUUCAGACGGAAAGUGGAUUGAUUUACCCUGCAACCUUCAGAAAGCCUUCAUGUGCUACAAAGAGACCAGCAACAUCACUGAGAGAUACACCCUGAUUGAAGAACUGAAAACCUGGACUGAAGCUCAGCAGUACUGUAGGGAACACCACACCGACCUCGUCAGUAUAAAGAACGCCAGUGAAAAUGAAGAACUAGUGAAGAAAGCGCAGGGCAAGCCCUUCUGGAUAGGCCUGUUCAAUGAGCCCUGGAAGUGGUCACACCAGGGGGAUAGCUACACAUUUCACACCUGGACCUAUUGGGAACCAAAUAAUUGGGGAGGCAAUCAGAACUGUGUGAUGAUGAGACAGACUGGUGAAUGGAUUGACUAUAGCUGCAACUUUCAGUUGCCCUUCUUCUGCUGUGAUGGCGGCUCCUCUGGUCAAUGUUUCUAUGAAGGAACUGGGAAGACAUGGCAGGAAGCUCAGAGCUACUGCAGAAACCAAGGCAGAGACCUGCCCACCAUUCAAGACCAGGCCAGGGUUAAUAAGCUUAUAGGUCUUAUACCUUCAACUAGUAACUCGGGUCACUGGAUCGGGCUGUAUCAUGACAAGGAGAACUGGCAGUGGUCCAGUGGAGGUGAUGUCAUCUACUCCAACUGGGAACCUUACCUCUUCUGUGCUUCAGUCAAUGCGGAGGGAGAGUGGGAGGAUUCAUUCUGCAGUAAGGGAAACUAUUUCAUGUGCUACAGCGAGACCAGCAACAUCACUGAGAGAUACACCCUGAUUGAAGAACUGAAAACCUGGACUGAAGCUCAGCAGUACUGUAGAGAACACCACACCGACCUCGUCAGUAUAAAGAACGCCAGUGAAAAUGAAGAAAUAGUAAAGAAAGCGCAGGGCAAGCCCUUCUGGAUAGGCCUGUUCAAUGAGCCCUGGAAGUGGACACACCAGGGGGAUAACUACACAUUUCACACCUGGAGCAAAGGGGAACCAGACAACUUGGGAGGGGAUGAGAACUGUGUGAUGAUGAGUAAGACUGGUGGAUGGACUGACACUGGCUGCAACUCUCAGAAGUCCUUCUUCUGCUGUGAGGAUUCAGACCCCACAAGCCCCCCUUCCACUCCGGUCUCUCAAGAAGGAGAAUCCUCGAGCCGCCCUUCCACUCCGGUCUCUCAAGAUUCAGACCCCACAAGCCCCCCUCCCACUCCGGUCUCUCAAGAAGGAGAAUCCUCGAGCCCCCCUUCCACUCCUGUCUCUCAAGAUAAGAUGGCAAUAGCAAGGGUCAAACUAAACGUACCCAAAGGAGUGAAUCUUGAGGACCCCAAAGUGAGCGAAGCCAUUUUAGAGCAGAUUCGGGAGCAUCUCUCCAAGAACUUUCCAAUGGACGGUGUUAAUCUGCGCUGGAGAAAACAAGAUGGGGAGAUAUUCCACAAGGAGGAAGAGGAGGAGGAGGAGGAGGAGGAGGAGGAGGAGGAGAAGGAGAAGUACUUCAUGCCGUGAGAUAACAGCACCCAGAAUGACAAGCGGGGGCUUUCAGAGCAGCACUGGUUUAUAUUAAUCUGACAUUAUCUACUGGUUUAUAUUAAUCUGACAUUAUCUACUGGUUUAUAUUAAUCUGACAUUGUCUACUGGUUUAUAUUACUCUGACAUUAUCUACUGGUUUAUAUUAAUCUGACAUUAUCUACUGGUUUAUAUUAAUCUGACAUUAUCUACUGGUUUAUAUUAA